AUGUCAAAAUUGCAGCAAAAGCUGAGUCUUUUACAAUGCUUAGAACCUCUGUUUCAAGAUGAACCAAAUGGCUCAGAGUUCAGCCCCAAGUGGUCGUUGGAGAAGGAUAGUGAAGGUAAAACUAUAAUGCGUGAAUUGAAAGUCAAGAACAAGCUGAAUGUGGGGGCUUUUGCCGUUGCAUGGGUGAUAGAACGUGAUGACCUUAGAGAAGAUAAACCUGUAGAAUUUGUUGCCAAAGUUAUCAAUAAAUGGAAGGGGCCCCAAGAUAAGGCAAAGAGAACAUUAAAGAAAUAUAAAGAAAUGGAGGAAUGCACAAUUAGGGAGGCGAAGCUGUUGGUAAAUCUGAGGCAUAAGCAUGUGAUACGGUGCUACGGAGCAUUUGUGAACCUCGACUCCUGGGUAAUCGUUCUCGAAUACGCUCGGGGAGGUGAUCUGACCGAGCGGCUCGUCAGUAUGAAUGAUAUCUCCGAUUAUAUUGCAGCAAAUUAUAUAAGGCAGAUGAUUGACGCUAUAGCGUACCUUCAUUCAAAGAAAAUAAUGCACAGAGACAUAAAACCACACAACUUCCUUAUUAAAGGUGCAUGCAAUCAUACGAAUUAUAUUGAAGACAGACUACUACUCAGCGACUUCGGAUUUGCAACUUACAGUGAAAAAAAUGCCGAAGUAAGAAUAUGUGGGUCACCGCUCUAUUUGGCCCCAGAAAUCUACAGACUGUCACCGGGCGAAACAUACACAAACAUGGUGGACAUCUGGUCUCUCGGAGCAGUAGCAUGCGUGAUUUUAACCGGGCAUUCCAUUUAUGGCGAUAAUGAAAAUAUGGUGUACCAUGUACUGCAGACUAUCGACAAUAACGAUAUUAGGCGCAAACUGAACUUUUUUGCUCUAACUCCUAAAGGUAGUAGAAAGUCUGCAAAACGGCUUCUAAAACAUAAGUGGUUCGACUAUUGUGAUGACAAGUAUCUGGAUCAUAAUGCAAUGAAAAAAUGGAGGGCAGGCUUGAUAGCACUGAAAGCAGUAGAUAGGUUUACCAUGUCUGGAAAACAAAUUAGGCAAGGCAAGACCAAUAAAUCAACUAGCAUAUCUUCCUCCCUCCAGAGAUUAGAUCUGAAGUAG